AUGUCAGGAGUGGGUCAGUUAGAACCAUUUGAUUUAAAUCACCCAAACAAAUGGACAACUUACAAGCAGCGUUUUGAGCUGUAUCUUCUGGCCAAUGACGUUACGGAGGAAGCACGGAAGAAGGCUGCAUUGCUUACGCUGGCUGGCGCUCCACUGUUCGAGCUUCUAACGUCAUUGGCAUCCCCUACUCAGGUGAGUGAUUUGACUUUAUCGGAAAUAUAUGAAAUACUCAACCAACAUUUGUCUCCAUGUCAAUCGGAAAUUGCGGCCUACUACCAAUUUCACAAGCGAGACCAACUAAUUGAUGAAUCGGUUGCGAACUACAUGGCUGCACUUAGGACUCUCGCUGUCGACUGCAAAUUCGGAGCUGCGUUGGAUCGCAUGUUGCGCGAUCGCUUCGUAUGUGGAAUGAAGGAUGAGGGUCUUCAGAAAAGUCUUCUAGCAGAGGCAGAUUUAACGAUUCAACGCGCGAUGGAACGCGCCACAUCUAGUGAGGCCGCUGCUCACAGCGCUUGGGCCAUGCGAAAUACAGCUGAGAGCACUGAGUCGAUUCACGAAGUGCAGACUAACGCGAUCCGUCCAAGCCGACCCAAUCAGCACCACCACCCAUGCGAUGGUUGCGGGGGUGCUCACUUGCGGAAACUGUGCCCACAUCGGAACACUGUGUGCCAUGCCUGUCACCGAGCAGGCCAUCUUCAACGAGUCUGCAGGGCUGUAAGAGACCCGGGUCGUAAAGCAUUCAACACAUCGAGUGGCCAUGACUCCUACCGAGGACCACACAAGCAAAAGCCGAAUGAUGAAUACAGUGUCCACAGCAUACUACCGUUGAUUUGCCCAAAGGAAAUCGUUACAAUAAUUAUAAAUAAACGAAAAUGCCAAUUCGAAGUGGAUUCGGGGUCUGCGAUCACAAUGAUAGACGAAGCUACGUUUCGUUAUAUCUGGCCAACGGAUAGACCGAAUAUCCAAGAUUGUGCUCUAGAGUUUACGGAUUACCAGAAAAACCGAAUUCCAGUUAUUGGCAUCGUGGAUACAUCUGUCCAGUACGAUAAUAAAUACAUUCCGAAUCUUCCACUGGUUGUUACAUCAAGCGAUGGAUCGAAUUUACUUGGACGCAACUGGUUUAUGCCCUUAGGCAUCAGCAUAGAAGGAAUACAUGCCAUUAACGCUAAACUUAGCAUCGAGGCAACUCUGGCGAAGUAUAAGGAUCUGUUUUCGUCUGAAUUAGGCCGUUUUCGGGGGCCACCUGUGUCAUUACAAAUCAAUACUGAUGCAACACCAGUCCGACUGCCAGCAAGACGCAUUCCAUUUGCAAUUCAAGAAUUAUAUGAAGAAGAAUUAGACCGUCUGUGCUCCCAAGGAAUCCUAGUACCCAUUGAAUACUCCGACUGGGCGACUCCUACAGUGCCAGUAAUUAAAAAGGAUGGUACUAUUCGCAUAUGUGGCGACUACAAGUCUACAAUUAAUAAAGUGAUUAAGCAACACGGCUAUCAAAUUCCUCCAAUGAAUUCAUUAUUAGCAUCAGUUGAAGGAGGAUCCAUAUUUGCGAAAAUCGACUUGGCUCAGGCGUACCAACAACUAGUGGUAGAUGAGCAGUCUGCAUUGAUGCAAACCAUAUGUACACACAAAGGUUAUUUCAAAGUAACCAGACUACAAUUUGGAAUUUCUUCAGCCCCGGGCAUAUUUCAGAGCUGCAUCGAACGUAUAUUGCAGAACGUUUCUGGUGUUUUACCCUACUUCGAUGACAUAAUUGUUAUGGGAAAAUCAGAGGAAGAGCUAGCGGUGCGUCUUAAUGAGGUGCUUUCAAGAUUUGAUAAGGCCGGACUACGCCUACGCAGAGACAAGUGUCAAUUUGGAGUUCCGUCAGUAGAAUUUUUGGGAUUUAAAAUCGAUGCAUUGGUCGAAGCUAUCAAGUGCGCUCCGGCUCCAAAAGAUAAGAAACAAUUACAAGCAUUCUUGGGACUCAUCAAUUUUUACCACGCAUUCCUGCCACAUAAGGCAACCGUUGCAGAACCGCUUCACCGUCUACUGGAUAAAAAUGCGCCAUGGGUGUGGGCCCAUAAACACCAAGAUGCCUUCAUGAAUCUAAAAAAUCUUGUAACUUCACAAAAUGUGCUAAUGCAUUUCGAUGGCAAAUUGCCAGUAUUGUUAACGUGCGAUGCAUCUCCGUACGGAAUCGGAGCGGUGCUGAGCCACAAACUUCAGGAUGGAUCAGAGAAGCCUAUUGCCUUUUAUUCUAGAACUCUCUCCAAGACAGAAAGAAACUACUCGCAAAUCGACAGAGAAGCCGUUGGGCUUAUAUCAGGCGUUAAAAAAUUUCACAAUUAUCUAUAUGGCCGUUCUUUUACUCUCGUCACAGAUCAUCGCCCAUUGCUCGGAAUAUUUACAACGGCCAAGGCAACUCCAAAUGUAAUUUCCACACAGAUGCUUCGAAGAGCAAUAUUCUUGAAUGCCUAUGACUUUACACUAAUUCAUAGACCGGGAUCAAAAAUGGGCAACGCCGACUUCUUAAGCCGAUGCCCAUUACCACAACAAGGCGAAGGCAACACUACAGAAGAAGUGUUAAUGAUUGAAUGGGCUGGAACACCACUUGUCAGCGCUCAAUCUCUAGCAUUACAGACUAAGAAGGACGCGCAUUUAUCAAAGGUUCUGAACUGGGUGUUAAGGGGAUAG